AUGCGUAUUUCCAAUAUUUUCAAUUUGCAAUCGUUAUUAACGAUUCCAGCAUUAAAUACACAAUCUACAGAAUAUAGACCAGUGAUGUUGUGGCAUGGAUUAGGAGAUAAUUAUAAUGCAUCAGGAAUUCAUGAUGUAAAUAAUUUAUUGAACGAUAUUUAUCCUGGUAUAUUUUUCCAUUCAAUAUAUAUCGAAAAAAACCCAUCAUCUGAUCAACAAAAAUCUUUCUUUGGUGAUGCAAAUGAACAAAUUGAACAAGUUUGUCAACAAUUAUCAGAAAUCCCACAAUUGAAAACUGCUAGUAAUGGAAUUGACGCAAUUGGAUUUUCUCAAGGUGGUGUACUUUUACGUGGAUUAAUUGAAAGAUGUUCUGGUAUCAAGGUAAAUAAUUUAAUUACAUUUGGAAGUCCUCAUAUGGGUGUAAUGGAAAUAAAAUUAUGUCAAGAAAAUGAUUGGUUUUGUAGAAGAAGAAAUGAAAUUUUAAAAAAACAAGUAUGGUAUGAUAAUGUUCAAAAAAGUAUUAUACCUGCUCAAUAUUUUAGAGAUCCAUAUGAAAUUGAAAAAUAUUUAAAAUAUUCUUAUUUCUUAGCUGAUAUUAAUAAUGAAAGAAAUGAAAAAAAUUCAACAUACUAUACAAAUAUUUCUAAUUUGAAUAAAUUAGUAUUGGUUACAUUUACUGAGGACACUACUGUUAUACCAAAAUUGAGUGCACAUUUCAGUGAUAUUGAUCCUGAGACAGAAAUUGCAUGA